UGUCAACAUUAAAUCAUAUGACUUGGUAAAUAUUAAAAAAUGGUACUGUGAAUUUAAAUAUUAAUUAAUCUAAGUACAUGAUCCAUUUCGUAACAUGCUAAGUUCUUAUAAAUUGUAAUUUAAUUUAGUGUUUCAUUCAUAUGUUGUGAGUUGGUGUAUUUACCUAUUGGUUCUAGCUGGUCACUGACCAUGGCCGAACCUAAAGAACUGAAAGUUAUUUCCACAGCUGAAGUGGCGAAACAUUGUGAUAAGAAUAGUGGUGUAUGGUUGAUAAUUCAUAAUGAUAUUUACGACGUUACCGGCUUUUUGGAAGAGCAUCCAGGCGGUGAGGAGUCUCUGUUGGAUGUGGCAGGGAAAGAAGCCACGCAAGACUUCGAGGAUGUCGGCCACAGUGACGAUGCUAGAGAACUAAUGAAAAAAUAUUUAAUUGGUACUCUACCACCUGAAGAAAAGAACAAAUCAGACAAGAAAACUGGAAGCGCACUAACACCUGAAGACAAGUUCAAUAUACCACCAUGCGUGGUUGAUUAUGGCCUCAACUAUUCUCAUCCUGAGAGGAGAUUCGUGCUCAGUAGUGGAUCAGGAUCGCGAUCUCGUUGUUCGUUAUGUUCCAAAGCCAGUUGUCCACAUUUACCGAGAUCGACGACAGAAAAGACGUGGAGGACGUAUGACGGGUCGCCUUGCAGUCGAUCGAUAGAGCCAGCAAAAUCGGAAUACAAGCCUCCGACCACGCCGAGGCCUGAAGGAAGGGUCAACGCCAUUUACGUGCCUAAAGAAAGACCACGAGGAAGACCAUGUGAAUCUGGGAAUCCCGAAGAGUCAUCAGCAAGGUCAAAUCUAAAGUGGGCGGUGAUUGCCCUAGCAGGGGCUUUGGUGCUCGGUGUUGUAUUGAAGAAAUAUCUAAGCAAAUAAACUAGAAUGUAUUA